AUGGCAGAAAGCGAUCGCGUGCGCCUACACAUCACACCCUUCAACGCAACCCUCUACCCGAAUAUCAUUCCCGCAUCCAUCCAACCAAACGCCACAAACAUCUCCUACCACACCGUGCAAACUUUUCCCGAACGUGGCUUUGGCUUUGUAGAACUCCCCAGAGCCGACGCCGACAAGUUGCGCAAGAAACUCAACGGUGCAACACUGCGAGGUCAAAAGAUGGCUAUUCAAGAAGCAAAGCCCGAAAAGAGAAGACGCCACGACAAAGACGAAGAAGCAGAAAAACAACCGCGCAAAAAGGCCAAAAAGGAAAAAUCAAGCAAGAAAAAGGAUAAAGAGAUUGCUGGUUUCGAACUGCCUGAUCAGAGACAAGUCAAGCGCGGAUGGACAGAAGAGCCUGGAAAACACAAGGACAAAAAGGACAAAUCCACAAAGGAUAAGAAAGACAAGACGCCAAAGAGGGAAAAGUCGAAGUACUCAUCUAAACCCGAAGUCCUGUUCAAGCAGAAACUACCUGAGGCCGUUAUGAUGGCUCAAAAAGCAGAAGGCAAGGAUAAGAAGAACAAAAAGACGAAACAACCAAAGAACAUUACUGUCAUUCACGAGUUUGAAAAGAACAAACCUGUUCCCUCGUUCUUGAAGUCGAAUGUCUCGAGCAAGACAUCUGCAACUGCUGAUUUCGUACCUGGCAAGGGUUGGGUGGACGCGGAUGGAAAUGUUGUCGAGGAGGUGCAGGUCAAGCCGAAGCGAGAGGACAGGAUCGCAAAGAUGAAGGAUACGCCUGUCGAGAUCAAAAUCAAGCCUGCUGCACCGAAGGAACCUGCUAUGCACAAGGAUAUUACUGCUGGUGCAAAGGUUCUAGGCUACAACUCGUCGAGCGACGAGAGCUCGGAUGUAUCCUCCGAGAGCGAUGAAGACAUGACUGAUGACAGUGAUGACGACCAAGACGAAGAAGCAGAGGAAGAAAGAGAAGCCGAAAAGGAAGAAAUCGCAGAAGAGAUCAAGGAAGGUGCUGAAGAAAUCGCUGCUCCAGCGUCAACAGAGCAACAAGAUGAGCCUGAAGCAGACUCAGCAUCAGACUCCUCAGAGUCAGAGUCCGACUCCUCCGAUGAAGAACAAGAACAAGAAGAAGACGAAGAAGAAACUGCUCCAGAGACAGCCACAACUCCCCAAAAAUCACCCUCCCCGAUGGCAACAUCCCCCAAACCAACAACACCACCCCGCGAAGUCCAUCCUUUAGAAGCUCUCUUCAAGGAAAAGGCCCCCUCAGACUCAACACCCCGCCCCGCUCCCAUCAACACCUCCUUCUCCUUCGGCAUCACCGACGACAUCGAUGAAGACAUGGAAGACGCCGACCCCGCCUACCCUUCCACACCCUUCACCCGCACCAGGGACAUUCGCUCAGCAGCACCCACCCCCGACACGGCCGCCAUAGGCCGCAAAUUCUCUUUCUCAUUUGCCAACCAAUUCGCUUCUGAGGAUAUUGAGGAAAACUACGACGCUGAAGAAGAAGAAUAUCAAAAUGCUAAUUACGAACCACUUGGUGUUAAGGAAAAGGCAGAAGGAGAAGAAGAAACAGAAUUUGCAAAGUGGUUUUGGGAGAAUAGGGGAGAUAGUAAUAGAGCGUGGAAAAAGAGGAGGAGGGAUGUUAUGAAGGUUAAGAGACAGAGAGAGAAUCGGAGGAUUAGUAGACGUGUUGUGUAA